ACUCUGAACGCUCCGAGAGCGAAACUCUCUGAUUUUACGAACGGACAAUCUGACAACGCCCUUGUUAAUUUACGAACGCUCCCCGGAUAGAACAAGGCCGCGCUUGUUUUUGUUGGACGUAUGUUGCCCUGACAACAGCCCAAGUCAAUCACUAUUUUGAAAGCGUUUUCCAGUGGUACAUUUUCUUCCGAUUUACAAACUUUCUCAAAAAUACUAGGCGCCGAGGUGUAUCAUGGCUGAUCCAGUGGCAACGACAACCGAAGGGCCACCAACAGAUGGAAAAUCAGUCAAUCUCAUUGGGAAUCUGUUGAGAAGAGUGUCAAGAGCCGAGCCUGUUCCUGAUGACGAUGAGGAAGAGGAUGAGGAGCUUCCCCCACCACCGCCACUAAUUCCACGAGGCCCACUGAAAGGAUGUCUAACAGUCCAUCUGAAAAACUGCAGGGAUUUCAAUAAAAACUCUUCCAUAAAGAAAGGCACCCAGGGCUUCCUGAGGGCGAGUAUUGGGGAGAAGGUGAAGUGUACUAUGGUCCAGCCCUACAAGGACUCCAAGGCGGAGGGCUCCAAGUUCCCCCUCUGCUUCAACGAGUGGAAGUAUUUCUCCAUACAGAUUCCUAAGAGCACUGACCACGCUGGGUGUCUGUGA